AUGAAGACACGUCAGAGGAACGCUCUAGUCGAGGUGCCGCAAGUAUCCGAAGGGAAUCAUGUUGAGGUAGAGAAAGUUUACACGGAUUUGAGCGCCGUCUCCAACUAUGAAGUUGUCGCCGAGGCGGUCAUCGACGAAUGCGGCGAAGUCGGUGACGAGCACAUGCCGGAGGUCCAGUACCAGGAGGACGAAGAGGACAUGCUUGAGGACGACGAGCCCGACGACCGGCUCGAAGAUCCAGAAAGCGUUGACGAUCCUGAGCUGACGUUCGAAACGUCUCAGAUGCCUAGAGUUAUUAUCCGGCAGGCGGACGCCGAUGUGAAAUCCGUGAGAUCGAAAACUCGGUCUCCGCCUCUGAAAAGAGUCACUCGAGGAAAGAAGAACAAACUUCCCAAAGAAAUCAUCUAUGUGCCUUCGGACGAUGACGACGAGGAUCUGUCUUCGUCCGAAGACGAAUGGCAACCACCUCAGGCUGAUGAAGCCGAUGCGAAGUGGGCUUUCGAACAAGUCCGUUCGAUGGUCGACAGAGCAAUGACGAACGCCGCUGAGAAACUCCGCAGCGAAAUGGAAGAAGAUCCCAAACGGAAAUUCGGUACGAGGGUCCUGGCGAAGUCACGUGGCGUGAAGCAGAUCGUCACGGUGGUUCGUGACAAAGUCAUCGAAAACCCCGCCGCCGGCCCUCGGGAUCUCAGGACCGAUCGGGUCAUACCAGACUUCCUUGAGUUCCACCGGUUCCGGGCGAAAGGAUACGGGGUCUUGGCAAAACUUCCCAUCGACAUCGGGGUGAGGUUCGGACCCUACGCGGGAGUCAUACGAAAAAUGAAGAACGUCAACAACGAGAGUGGCUAUGCUUGGCAGCUGCGGGGUUUCAAAGAAGGCGAGACGGUCGUCGACGGAUUCGACGUCAAGCACGCGAACUGGUUGCGGUAUGUCAAUUGUUCGAACUCGGCCGAAGAGGCGAACCUGCGAGUGUUCCAGCACGAGAAGCGGAUUUAUUACAAGACCUGUAAGCCGAUCGUUCCGGGGGACGAGCUGCUGGUUUGGUACGGUAAGGAAUACCGGAAAGUUAUAAACAGUCAGAUCGAGAGUAAAAAGCGGAAAAAAAUGGAAACGGUCGAGUCGACGGCCAUGAAGACCUAUAAGUGUCCACAUUGCUCGUCGAAGAUGUUGGUCAAGUCGACCUUCGAUCGGCACGUCAAGAAAUGCGGCAAGAACCCGGACCUGCCCAAGACCCUCAAGUGCGAGGUUCCGGGGUGCGGGUUCUUCACGGUUCAUCAAGCCAUGAUGGACCGGCAUCUGGCGAACCCGAAGCACGUCAAUGUCACGGUCCACCGCUGUCGGUGGAAAUGUGGAUACAGGACCUUCAAUGAGCUCCGGUACCGGCUGCAUCUCGAGAGGAGACACAAGAACAUGGAGUUCCCCGAUUCUUACGAUAUCGAAUGCAAAGUUUGCGGCCAGCGGUUCCCGUCGAAGAACGCCAUGGACAUUCAUUCGCAAUGGCAUCGGAAAAACCUCUUCUUCUGCAACGUUUGCGGCAAGGGUUACACGACCAUCGGCAUUUUGAAAGAACACGCGCAAAUGCACGAGGGCAAGAAUUUCAAGUGCGAGUACAAAGGCUGUGGCUACGCUACUUAUUGCAAACGAACACUGAACCGCCACACUCGCUGCGUGCACUUGAAAAUUCGGACGGCUUUCUGCGACCUGUGCUCAAAAUCGUUCUUCUGCAAGAAAGAUCUCCGUCAGCAUCAGAACAAACUCCACAACGUGUUCAAGGUUGAGAAAAUCUACAAAUGCCGACCCCACAAAGCGUCGUACAAUACCGCCGAGGAGCUCAAGCAGCACCGGGAAGAGAUGCUGGCGUCUGUCAAGCCCAAAUACAAGUAUCAAUGUGAGGUCUGCUGCUAUUCGACGGCCUACCCCACGACCUACAAGACGCAUAUGUCGUGUCACACCGAGGAGCGGAAGUUCGCUUGCGAUCAAUGCGAAAAGACAUUCAAGUUGAGCGUGAGCCUCAAAGAGCAUCUGAUGACCCACGAGAACGCCGAUCCCGAUCGUUUCGCCUGCCUAUUCUGCGGGAAGAGGUGUCGAACGAGCGUCGAGCUCAGAUCUCAUAAACGCCGUUGCAAGAAAGGAGAAGAAGAAGCGGACCAGAAUGAAGAAGAAGCGGAACAGGGUGAAGAAGAUGCGGGACAGGAAGGAGGAGGAGCGGGGCCUGAAGAAGAACAAGAGAACGGCCAAGGAGAUAUCGAAAUCAUUGAAGGGGUGAAGACAGAUGACGAGGAGGCAGGAUUUGAAGACCAUGAGGGGGCAAUAGUAAAUGAAGCUGACUGA